GAGGGGGCGUGGCAGGGCGGGGCCGGAAUGUCUUUCACCAGGCCGCGCCCCAGGCGCGCAGUUACCGGCCCAAGCACGGAUCAUGGCUGCAGCAGUACUACGGCAGGUCUGGGCUCAAAAACUUCUCCCUGUCCCCUGGCUUCUAUGUGGGCCCAGAAGAUGUGUGUCCUCCAACUUCAAGGCUGCAGACCUCCAGGUUCAGGUGACCAGAGAGCCGCAGAAGAAGCCGAACCCUAGCCAGCCACUGCUAUUUGGAAAGACAUUCACAGACCACAUGCUGAUGGUGGAGUGGAGCAGGGGGACGGGCUGGGGCCCUCCCAGGAUCCAGCCCUUCCAGAACCUCACGCUGCACCCAGCCUGCUCCGCCCUGCACUACUCUCUGCAGCUCUUCGAGGGCUUGAAAGCAUACAAAGGCAGGGACCGGCAGGUACGCCUCUUCCGGCCAUGGCUCAACAUGGACAGGAUGCUACGUUCUGCAAGGCGCCUCUGUUUGCCAGACUUUGACAAGCAGGAGUUGCUGGAGUGCAUCCGACGGCUCAUUGAGGUGGACAAGGACUGGGUUCCUGAUGGCAACGGAACCAGCCUCUAUGUGCGGCCUGUGCUGAUUGGGAAUGAGCCCUCGCUGGGUGUUGGCCUGGUCACACAAGCCCUCCUGUUCGUCAUUCUUUGUCCUGUGGGAUCCUAUUUCCCUGGAGACUCCAUGACCCCUGUCUCUCUCCUGGCUGACCCCACAUUCAUCAGAGCCUGGAUGGGUGGGGUCGGCGACUACAAGCUGGGGGGGAAUUAUGGGCCCACUGUGGCUGUGCAGCAAGAAGCCCAGAAGAAGGGCUGCGAGCAAGUCCUCUGGCUGUACGGGCCGGACCACCAGCUCACCGAGGUGGGCACCAUGAACAUCUUCGUCUACUGGACUCACGAGGACGGGGUACUGGAGCUGGUGACUCCGCCACUGGACGGCAUCAUCCUGCCUGGAGUGGUUCGACAAAGCCUGCUGGACCUGGCUAGGACUUGGGGUGAGUUCCGGGUGGCAGAGCGCAAGGUCACCAUGAAGGAACUGCAGCGGGCGCUGGAGGAGGGCCGGGUGCGGGAAGUCUUCGGCUCAGGCACGGCUUGUCAGGUCUGCCCCGUGCAUCAAAUCCUCUACGAAGGGAAGCAACUCCACAUUCCCACCAUGGAGAACGGGCCGGAGCUCAUCCUGCGCUUCCAGAAGGAGCUGAAGGCUAUUCAGUACGGAGCCAGUGCCCACGAUUGGAUGUUUCCGGUGUGACGCUGCCAGCUGUGCCCUCACGGAUUGGAUCCGCGGACCUAUAGCAUCCAGUCCAGAGUCCGCGCCUCUCAGAGACUCACGAGAAGUGCAAUAGAAAAAGGUCUGGCCAGACACCUGGGUCUCUGGCGCCCUCGCGUGGUCACUACACUCCAAAGCCUUAAGGGCGGGACCCAGACAAUUUGAACCCCGCCUCAAGGGUUGGGUCUCAGGGCUCAGAUGCCUCAGCUGCUUUGAAGGGGGAACCUUGGCAUAUCAUUAUCAAGCUGGAUCCCCGGUGCUCUCCAUGAUUCAUUUUUUCCUCCUCUCUGCCCUUGCUGCAAUUUUGAAAUAAAAUGCCAAAGAACAAGA